CAUAGAUGUCGCAAAGCACAAAGAAUGCAAAAGACUCUUGCAAAAAGUCAACGCAAUAUGUUUGAGACACAAUAUUGUAAGGCAAGUACGACUCCAACUUUACCUAGUCAACACAACGACCAUGUUGCGACAUCAACUUCUAUAUCACAACAACCAUUUUCAUAUGCACAAGAGCAAUGGUUAUUACCAUUAAUGUCAUACCAUUUUCCCGAGGGAGAAACACAUCCAUUCACAAUGAACUCUUCACAACAACCGUCUAUCAUCAUUCCACAACAUAUCGACGACGGUAUGGCUUGUCUUUCAUUGAGUGAAUUUACUCAUCAAAACACAAGCAACACAUUCUCAAUGUACGAGCCAUCGAUGUAUCCAACUCAAGGAUAUCUACAGUUCAACGACGGUCACAUUUACAACAUGGCUCAAGGUUAUAUCAAUCCAUAUAUGACUAUAGAGCCACAGUGGAUGGAUGCGCAACAACAGCUUCACCUCAACGAUGGUUGUGUCAUUCAUGAUUCAUAUGGCAAUGCAACUUUUAUAUCGCCCACGGUACCAUCAACAGUUGAUUCUCUUCAUCAGGACACUUUCAACAAUGCAUUUCUUUUCUCAACGACACCACCAUCAAUACCAGCACCUGUUCCACACCCUACGUACAAUUCAUAUCCUCCAUACAAUACUCUUGAAGUUGUUGAAGCCCAGCUCAGUGCAUUACAAGAAUCAAGGGGGAAUCAAGCUCAAGAAACACUUCCUCGUGAAAAUAACUUAUCGUCUUCGGUCACAAGGGAUGAGGUAGACCCAGUGGAUAAGUAUAUUGAUUGGUCUAAGGUUGAAGAAAGGGAUAUUGAUGAACUUGAUCCAGUUGAAGUUCUCGAAGCUUUAGGUUUUGGAGUAAGUCCUUAACCUUGAUCAUAUAUACUGUAAUAUUAUUUGGUACGUACUCGUGUGUUAUAUAUUAUGUAUAGUCGUAUAGAGAACAUCGUAUGUUUGUAUUCGUAGUCUUGGUUGAAUGAUA